AUGGAACACUAUUAUAAAGUAAAUGAAUUUUUACUUUCAUCUAUCGGACAAUGGCCUUAUCAAAAAAAAUAUAGUAAAUUAUUUUUUUACGGCUCGACUGUUUUUCUUUUAGUUACUCAGGGUUUUCUACAGACUGGUGGUCUCAUAGCAGCUCGAUGUGAACCUGCAAUUUUUUUAGAAGCGUUACCACCUGUCAUGAUAAGUUUAAUGUGCAUUGUUAAAUAUAUUAAUUUUAUAUACAACGCUGACAAGAUGAAGGAUUUAUUGGACGCAAUAAAAUCAGAAUGGAAUUCUCUGACUGAAGAAAAAGAAAUUGAAAUAUUUAAAAAUUGGGCAUAUGAUAGUAGAAAAAGUACACUUAUGUAUGCAGGUGCAGUAUAUGGCUCAUUAGUUCCACUGAUGAUUUCCCCAAUCAUUCCAUUUUUUAUUGAUUUAAUUCCUGAUAAUUCAAAUGAUACAAUUCCAAGAUUAACGAUGUUUCAUGUUGAAUAUUUUAUUGAUGUUGAUAAAUAUUAUUAUCCACUUCUUAUUCAUUCUUAUUUCGGAACAAUGGCUUAUAUUACUGUUGUCGUUGCAAUUGAUACGAUGUUUAUGGUUUACGUUCAAUAUGCCUGUUCGAUAUUUGUUAUUUUAGGGCAUCGUUUGGAAAAUCUUGUAAGAACUGAUAUCCUCAUGGUCAAUGCAAAUCCCAAUCUGAUUGAUGAUGAACCUUAUAGAAAAAUCAUCAAGUGUAUCAUCAAACACAGUGAUGCAAUUGAAUAUGCCCACCUCAUUGAAUCAGCCAACUCUGUUUCCUUUUUAAUCCAACUGGGAAUAAAUAUGAUUUGCAUCAGCUUCACAGGUCUGCAAUCGGCAUUGAAGGUUGAUCAACCGCACGAAGCAUUCAAAUUUGCAUCAUUCACAAUCGGCCAGACAUUUCAUUUGUUUUUUGAAAGUUGGCCACCUCAAAGAUUGGCUGAUGAAAGUGAAAGGAUCAAUGAAUAUACAAUGAGAGCUCCUUGGUACAACACUUCAUUAAGAUGCAGAAAACUUUUACAAUUGAUAAUCAUGAGAUCAAGAUUUCCUUGUCAAUUAACUGCAGGAAAUUUUUAUAUAUUAAAUCUUCAAAAUUUCAGUGCUGUUGUUCGUUCGUGCAUGUCAAUGUUUACUCUUCUUUCUUCAACUCAAUGA